UUUAGUUUUGUAAUAUUAUGAUUUCACGCAAUAACCGUAAUAAUCUCUGACAAAAUCCAACAUAUAUUUAUAUAAAUAAAUCUCUUCUCGCCCACCCCCACUGCCUUUGGUCCCUGCAACCUUGUCCUUUUCUUUCCCUUCUCUUCUUAUAGAGCUGCUUUCCCCGCGUUCUUGUCUUUUUCCUCAGAUUCCCUCCGCGUUUCCUCUCCACCUUUUAUAUAUUAAACUCUCGUGUUUAUUUUUUUUUUUCUCUUCAAUAACUAAACCUUAAUUUAACUCCUCCUUUCCAAUAACAUUGACUGUAUCUGUAAGCGAGUAUAAUUAAUAGUUGUUGGCUCAAUGAGAGGCGGUUCUUUGCCGACGCAUGAGAGGAGGUGGGCCUCUGACACCAUUCCUGCCAAAACCAUCCUCAGUUCAACGACGUCGCCGGGGACUGAUUCCAACUCGGCUGAGGAGUUCGUCGAGGUCACUCUCGAUCUCCAAGACGAUGACACCAUCAUCCUUCGUAGCGUCGAGCCGGCCACCGUCAUCUCCGUUGAUGACGGGGCCGAUACUCCGGCCUCCGCUUCACGAUCACCAAAUAUUAAGCGGACCUCAUCCAAUAUAUUGAGACAGUUUUCACAAGAACUAAAAGCCGAAGCCGUGGCCAAAGCCAAGCAGUUCUCACAAGAGUUAAAAGCCGAACUACGCAAGUUCUCAUGGGGCCACGGACACGCAACUCAGGCUAUAACCGGAUUCGACUCCGCUUUAGCCGCUCGAGCUCUGAGAAAGCAGCGAGCUCAACUCGACCGGACUCGCUCCGGCGCUCAAAAAGCACUUCGCGGACUAAGAUUUAUUAGUAACAAUAAAGCCAAUGCAUGGGAAGAAGUUGAAAACAAUUUCAACAAACUCGCCAAAGACGGCUUUCUCUUUCGUUCCGAUUUCGCACAAUGCAUAGGAAUGAAGGACUCGAAGGAGUUUGCGUUGGAGAUGUUCGAUGCAUUGAGCAGAAGAAGAAGAUUAAAAGUUGAAAAGAUUAGCAAAGAUGAGCUUUAUGAAUAUUGGUCUCAAAUCACCGAUCAAAGUUUUGAUUCUCGCCUCCAGAUCUUCUUCGACAUGGUGGACAAGAACGAAGAUGGUAGAAUCACCGAGGCUGAAGUAAAAGAGAUUAUCAUGCUGAGUGCUUCAGCAAACAAGCUUUCGAGAUUGAAGGAGCAGGCAGAGGAAUAUGCUGCUCUGAUCAUGGAGGAGUUGGACCCUGAAAGACUUGGAUACAUUGAGCUAUGGCAAUUGGAGACACUUCUUCUGCAAAAGGACACCUAUCUGAGCUAUAGUCAAGCCCUAAGCUACACAAGUCAAGCCCUUAGCCAAAACUUACAAGGAUUGAGAAAGAAGAGCAGAAUCAGACGAAUGAGCACUAAACUUUUGUACUAUCUGGAAGAAAACUGGAAGAGGAUAUGGGUCGUGUCAUUGUGGAUUAUGAUUAUGAUAGGGCUCUUUACUUGGAAGUUCUUUCAAUACAAGCAGAAGAAUGCUUUUAAGGUUAUGGGUUACUGCCUCCUCACAGCCAAGGGAGCAGGUGAGACCCUGAAGUUUAACAUGGCUCUUGUCCUCUUGCCUGUGUGCAGAAACACCAUUACUUGGCUCAGGUCCACCAAGCUGGGUCUCUUCGUGCCUUUUGACGACAAUAUCAACUUUCACAAGACAAUAGCUGCAGCGAUUGUGAUUGGAGUCAUUCUCCAUGCCGGUAACCAUCUUGCCUGUGAUUUUCCGAGGCUUAUCAAGUCUUCUACUAAUAACUAUGAGCUCCUAAUCCAUGACUUUGGAAGUCAUAAACCAACUUACGUAGACCUGGUAAAAGGCCCUGAAGGAAUUACUGGAAUUCUAAUGGUUAUCUGCAUGACAAUUGCGUUUAUACUAGCAACAAAAUGGUUUAGGCGGAACCUGAUUAAGCUGCCCAAGCCUUUUGAUAGAAUCACUGGCUUCAAUGCUUUCUGGUACUCACAUCACCUGUUUGUCAUUGUCUACAUCUUGCUCAUUGUCCAUGGCGUAUUACUUUAUCUGGUGCACAUGUGGUACUUAAAGACGACUUGGAUGUACCUAGCUGUUCCAGUUUUGUUGUAUGCUGGAGAAAGGACCCUGAGAUUUUUGCGUUCUGGUUUCUAUGCUGUCCGGCUUUUGAAGGUAGCAAUUUAUCCAGGAGGUGUUCUAACAUUACAAAUGUCUAAGCCACCUCAAUUUCGGUACAAGAGUGGACAGUACAUGUUUGUCCAGUGUCCUGCUGUCUCUCCCUUUGAAUGGCAUCCAUUUUCCAUCACGUCUGCUCCUGGUGAUGACUACCUUAGUGUUCAUAUCCGUCAGCUAGGUGACUGGACACAAGAGCUCAGACGGCUAUUCUCAAAAGUUUGUGAACCGCCUGUAGCUGGGAAAAGUGGGCUUCUCAGGGCUGAUGAGACAACUAAGAAAAGUUUGCCAAAGCUUUUAAUAGAUGGGCCAUAUGGUGCCCCCGCACAAGACUAUCGGAAGUAUGAUGUCCUGUUACUUGUGGGACUUGGAAUUGGUGCAACACCAUUCAUCAGCAUUUUAAAAGAUCUGCUUAACAACAUUGUCAAAAUGGAGGAGCAGGCAGUAAGUAACUCGUGCCAAGUAAUGAAUUCCAGUAGGACAUCAGACCUAAGUAUUGGGAGCAAUGAUUCAACCACUCCCAACAGAGUUUCACCAAAACGAAAGAAAACACUUAAGACAACCAAUGCUUACUUUUAUUGGGUAACCAGGGAGCAAGGUUCAUUUGAUUGGUUCAAAGGAGUCAUGAAUGAAGUUGCAGAACUUGAUCAAAGGGGUGUAAUUGAAAUGCAUAACUAUUUGACUAGUGUGUACGAGGAAGGAGAUGCACGUUCAGCUCUCAUCACCAUGGUCCAAGCACUAAAUCAUGCCAAGAAUGGAGUUGACAUCGUUUCUGGCACCAGAGUGCGGACCCAUUUUGCAAGGCCUAAAUGGAAGAAAGUUCUCUCUAAACUAAGUUCCAAGCACUGCAAUGCAAGGAUAGGUGUCUUUUACUGCGGGGCACCGGUUUUGGCUAAAGAACUCAGCAAACUCUGCUACGAGUUCAAUCAAAAAGGUUCCACUAAAUUUGAAUUCCACAAGGAGCAUUUCUAAGAGAAUUUCCAGGGGAGUAAAUAGAACCCUAAGUAACAAGAAUUUUUGCAAUAAGCCAAGGAAGCAGAAGUCACUGUACAGUCUUAGAAUACAAAAGGAAAGGAAAACAGAAACCAAAAAAAAGAAAGGCAAAUAUAUUUCAUUUUAGGUGUAGUAUCGAAUACCCGCAAUAAGGAAUGGGAAAAAAAGUAGGCUUGGGAAUUGGCUUCCAAUUCAAAGGUGAACCUCUUCAUUGCACACGUGGCGCACAUAAGGGAUAGAAAUGUGGCAGACGUAAUGACCCAGAAUGAUAUGUUUGGCGAGCAAGAAGAGAAGAGGGAUGAGUGCGGUACAGCUGCAAGGGAGAGGUUGAGGCUGGUGGUCAUGAAAUUGAAAUGAUAUAGGCAGGGAAGGGCAGGGCAGCCAUGAUUGGUUGACAUUUAUAGGUGGAUUAGAAAGAAGACAAUUUUGAAAAGCGGAGAUUUGUGGGCUGAGGCCUGAGGGCGGAUGGAUGGGAUAUAGAAUGACGAAGAAUUUGUCUUCUAGAAUGUCAUCCAUGGUGAUGAAGAUUUCAAGCUGCUAUUACAUAUUAUUCAUUACACUUUUGUUUACAAUAAGGAUCAGAUUGUAAAUGAUGUUCACACUUUUUCGGUAAGUUAAUUUUGCUAGUUUUUAUCUCCCUCUUAAUACAGAUUCAAGGGAGAGGGUUUUUUUAUAGUUCCUGGUUAAAUGUAAAUGACUACGAUCAGUUCUACUAUAGAAUUUCAAUUGGUUUCUUUUCUUCUUUUAUAUAUUUCCAUCAAAUAAUUAAUAAUCGAAUUUCAUAACUUCCGUGAAGUUUAUCAUUUGCAGU